AUGUUAAAAAAAUAUUGCAAAAAAAAUUCACAAUUUUUAUUAGUAGAAUCUCGAGCUGGUGUUAUAGGAACUUGUCAUGAUUUAUCAAAGCUUGUUCAACAUCCUAAAUCGAAUUUUUUAAAAUCAUUUUACUCUAGUGUGCACCCUUAUGUACAUUUAAGAAUUCCUAGCAUACCUAAUGUUGGAAUAAAAACAUUCGAGUGGAAGCCGGGUACUAGUUUCGAAGAACUUAAAAAUCAAGUUAGAGUAUUUGAAAAUCAAAUAAUUAAGUGUCUUAUAAUUUUAAUGAUUUCUGAAAAUGUAAAUUAUGGCAAUACUAUAUCUCAAAAAGAUGAUUUUGUCACACAUUUAAGAACAGUUCAAUCAGAGGAAUUUGCAGUUGGAGGAUGCUUUGUAGAUUCAUUACCUGAUAAUAUAGUGACCAAAUACAUAAUUUUUUACGGUGACAAAGUGGAAGCUGCUUCAACUUUGCUUGAAAGAAAGACUAAUACGAAAAAAAAAAUUGAAGUUGCAGUAGAAGAAUUUAGAGAAAUGUGCCCAAAAACAAAUAAAGGACUCUUAUUCGUCUUUAGAUGCUGUAGCAGAAGUCAACUUUCUGCGAAAGCUGUAAAAAAUUUAAUCAUAUGGGAAGGUGAUUCGCUUAGUAAAUUUUUCCCUAACACUCCUGUUAUAGGAUGCUGUGGUUAUGGUGAAUUUGGUAGAAAAUUCCCAGAAGAAACUAAACCAAAAUUAGAAAACAAAGUAGCCAGAAUGUCAAAUAUAUGGGAAUAUACUUAUUCUACUAGUCUUGUUUAUCUAGAUAAUUACAGACAUUAUUAA